AAGAGCUGGAGUUGCUGAAAUUUAAGUUUUGAUUUAUUUUGUUCACCCAUCACGUUUGGCCUUAGUUUCAUUUUUAAUUUGAAGAAAAGUUUGAAAUUGCUUUAUCUUGCACUUAACAUUUGCACCAAAUUGCCAAAAGAAGGAGAAAUGCUCCGUUUGCUUUUUAAAUGUUAAUGAUGAUGUUAAUAAAGCCUUUCCUGACACAUUUGAGGAGCUCCUCCGUCUCCAGGGGCUUCUUACCAGAGUUAUGCAGUGAUGGGUUUAGUUCUGAAUGGAUGAAGAGUUCCUGAGAGCUAGCGUUUGUAAUUAGAACCGUUACUUGGUAUCUGUGCCUUAUUUGACCUUUGGUUCCACAUGCCUUGGAUGUGCAUGCACCGUGACGGUUUCAUAGGUACGAACGCACACUCAGGCCCAGUCACUUCGGUUGGUAGUACAGAUUGUGAGGAAAAAGAUGGAGGCAUCCUUAAGGAGGAAAAAUGUUUGCCUUUAGUUCCUGCAUUAUCCUGUACAGGGGCUCCUGAGUUUUGGAAGCCUGUUCCCAGUACAGGAGAACAACUCCCCUGUUUGCAGCAGCAGACUUCGGUGCACAGUGACAACGCUGGAGUUCAAGAGGAAGCCAGCAAUGCUGCACCAUUGGCUUCAGACACCAUUGUUGUUGUUUGCCAGUUUUAAACUUAACUAGUUGCAGACGAAGACCACCUUGAAAUGCAGGCUUGUUGGGCUUGUUUUGAAUUUUAACCUCGGAUGGAAGAGCCCUAGUGCUGUCUGUCUCCAUGCGGGAUGAUGAUUGCUAGGCAACAGGUGAUUAUCAACAAAGGAUGCCACGGUUAUACUCUGCAAGGUGGUGUUCCAGUGGCAAACAGCUGUAUAAACUCUUGUAAACAGGCCUGUGAGCGGGAUGUCCAGUGUGGGGCAGGCACCUGCUGUGCCAUCAGCCUGUGGCUUCGAGGGCUGCGGAUGUGUACCCCGCUGGGGCGGGAAGGCGAGGAGUGCCAUCCUGGCAGCCACAAGGUCCCCUUCUUUAGGAAACGCAAGCACCAUACCUGUCCUUGCUCACCCAACCUGCUGUGCUCCAGGUUCCCAGACGGCAGGUACCGCUGCUCCAUGGACUUGAAGAACAUCAACUUUUAGGCGCUUGCCGGGUCUCAGGAUACCCACCAUCCUUUUCCAGAGCACUGCCUGGAUUUUUAUUUCUGCCGUGCAACCCAGCUCCUAUGACUCUUCCAGUCCCUACGCUGACUACUUUGAUCUCUCUUGCCUAGUACACACAUAUGCACACAGGGAAACAUACCUCCCAUCAUGACGUGGUCCCCAGGCUGGCCUGACGAUGUCCCAGCUUGAAGCUGUGGUGUGAGAGAUGGCCAGCCUGGUUCCCUUCCCUGCUUAGGCUGCCAGAGAGGUGGUAAAUGGCAGAGAGGACAUUCCCCCUCCCCUCCCUUCCUGGGCCUGCUCUCCUUCCUGGGCCCUGCCCCUCUCCCCACAUGUACCCCUCGGUCUGAAUUGGACAUUCCUGGGCACAGGCUCUUGGGUGCAUUGCUGAGUCCCAGGUCCUGGCCUGACCCUCAGGUCCUUUACGUGAUCUGUGAGGACCAAUCUGUGGGUCGUUCAUCUUCCCUUGAUUGGUUAACUCCUUAGUUUUAGACCACAGACUCAAGACUGGCCCUUCCCAGAGGGCAGCGGACAGUCACCCGAAGGCAGGUGUAGGGACCCCAGGGACAUCAAUCAGCCCCCUGAAGACUCUGGUCCCAGCCAGCCUGUGGCCUGUGGCCUGUGACCUUCUGCGAGAAUUGUCAUGCCUCUGAGGCCCCCUCUUGCCACACUUUACCAGUUAACCACUGAAGCCCCCAAUUCCCACAGCUUUUCCAUUAAAAUGCAAAUGGUGGUGGUUCAA